AGUGUCGGUUCCCCGGAAUACUUGCGACGACGGACCGUAGAAGUAACGGUCAUGGGUACCAUCUCGGAGAAAUUCCAUCGAAACUUCACCCUCAUAAACACCCCUUCGUUCAAGUGCAAGCCCUCCCCAUGGCUUCCCUACUCCUUCUCUCCCUCCCCCUACUUUCCCUCGCAACCCAAUUCAAAAACCUCGUCACCUUCGGAGACAGCUACACCGACAUCGUCAACGUCGGCGACGGCGGGACAGCAUGGCCUGUCUACGCAGCAGGGUACGCCAACCUGACGCUAUACCCAUUCGCGCGCUCCGGAGCGACAUGCUCCAACAACCUCACGCCCCGCCCGUUCCCGUCGAUAUUCGAGAGCCAGCUCCCGUUGUAUUUCGCGGAAAAGCACAAUGGGACGAUCAGGGUGAACGCGGGGGAGACGCUGUAUACGCAGUGGAUCGGGACGAAUGACGUGGGGGUGUAUUCGUUGGUGACGGGGAGCAAUGACGCGUCGAUUGUGGAUGUGGUGGGGUGUAUGGUCGAUUGGGUGAGGGUGCUGUACAAGGAUGGGGCGAGGAACUUUUUGGUCCAGAACAUGGUCCCACUGAACGAAGUGAUCCUGUAUGCACCAGACUCGUACCCAAACAGGUACUUUAGCGAUGCGCGGAACACAUCUGAAUGGAGCGUGUUUAUGCGGGAACUGGUGCUGAGCGGGAACGCGCUGUCAAAGGCGAUGCUACAGGCGCUGGUACCAGAAGUUCCGGGUGCUCAUAUCGGGAUCUUUGACUCCCAUGGGCUGUUCCAGGAUAUGCAUGACAACCCAGCAGCGUACUUUAACGGGACAGCGCCGCUGAAUGUCACGGGUGCUGUGGUGUCGUGCGUAUUUCCACUCGGAGGCGGGACCAGCGUGUGCACGACGGCGGAAGGGACCGAUCGGGACAGUUUCCUGUGGUACGACGAGCUGCAUCCAAGCGAGCAGGCAGACAGGAUCGUGGCGAGGGAGAUUGCACAGGUAGCCAGAGGCGAGCAGAAUAAAUGGACGACCUGGAUUGUAUAAUAGCGAUUAUGCCACUGCAAUGCCAAAGUCGAAUGGCGUGCUGUUAAAUAUGGGAUCUGUAAUCCAUGAUGAUGGGUCUGCGCUAAAGU